CUCGCGUGGUGGGAAAAUUCAUUCUGAUCCUUUUAGCACAAACUAACUGACUAAAUAAUGGUUUUUUAGAACAAGCUGGUUACUUUAAUCGUUGUUAAGUUGGAUAGACACGUUCUUUGGUUAUAUACGGAGCCAUAAUGAAGAUCGCAGUAGAAGGCUGCUGCCAUGGCGAGCUGGACAAGAUCUACGAGACCAUCGAGUUCCUGGAGAAGAAGGAAGGGGUGAAGGUGGACCUGCUGCUGUGCUGCGGAGACUUCCAGGCAGUGCGAAACGAGGGCGACAUGAAGUGCAUGGCGGUUCCAGCCAAGUACAGAACGAUGCAGACCUUUUACAAAUAUUAUUCUGGUGAGAAGAAGGCUCCCAUUUUGACCAUUUUCAUAGGAGGGAACCACGAGGCUUCCAAUCACCUGCAGGAGCUGCCAUAUGGAGGCUGGGUGGCCCCCAACAUUUAUUACCUGGGUUACGCAGGAGUCAUCCGCUACAAAGGGAUUAGAAUCGGUGGAUUAUCUGGAAUCUAUAAAUCGCACGACUACAGAAAGGGUCACCAUGAAUUCCCUCCGUAUAACCCCGACACACUCCGAAGCGUCUACCACAUCAGAAACAUCGAGGUUUUCAAACUCAAGCAGAUCCAGAUGCCCGUCGACAUCUUCAUGAGCCACGACUGGCCUCGGGGGAUCUACCACUACGGCAGCACCGAGGAGCUGCUGCGCAAGAAGAAGUUCCUGCGUCACGAGGUGGAGAGCAGCUCCCUGGGCAGCCCGGCGGCCGAGGAGCUGCUGGCCCACCUGCAGCCCAGCUACUGGUUCUCCGCUCACCUGCACGUCAAGUUCGCCGCCGUCAUGCAGCAUCCGCCUAAAGGAAACGCAGCACCGCGUGAAACCAAGUUCCUGUCUCUGGAUAAAUGUCUGCCCCACCGGGAGUUUCUGCAGAUCGUCGACGUUCCGGAGCGAUCCGACUCGGAGGGUCUGGAGUACGAUCCGGAGUGGCUGGCCAUCCUGAAGGCCACCGACAGCCUGCAGAGGACGACCCCUGACCCCUGGAACCCCCCAGAGAACAACGGGCUGCACGACAGGUGGGACUUCAGGGCGUCCGAAGCGGCCAUGAUGGAGGUGGUGGAGGAUCUGAGCGGCGAACUGUCCGUCCCGGAGAACUUCAGCCGGACGGUGCCGGCCUUCAACCCCGACAGGCCCCUCCCCCACAGCGCCCCCAGCCGCGGCGCCAACGCUCAGACCACCGAGCUCUGCGCCAAGGUGGGCCUGACCGACCUGUACGGCCGGGCCGGCGAGCAGGCGGGGGCGGGGCGGGGGCAGGAGGGCGAGGAGCAGGAGGAGGAAGACGAGCUGAGCGAGUAUCCCACCGACACCUCGGGACAGUCCUGCUCCUUCAACCCCGACGAGAUCGCCAUCGAGGACGAGUGGGAGGAGGAGGAGGAGGAGGAGGAGGCGGGGGAGGGGGAGGGGGGAGGGACAGCAGAAAUCCACACGCCCGGCUGCUUGCUGCUCCCCGAGCCCAAAUCGGACGUCACACCUGUCCGCCUGCCCCUCAUGAACCUGCCGGCGCCGUCCCACUCCACCCCGGCGCCGCUGGAGGCGGAGCCAGAGCCAGAGCUGCUGGAGGCGGAGCCAGAGCCGCUGGAGGCGGAGCCAGAGCCGCUGGAGGCGGAGCCGGCGGCCUCCGCUCAGGACGACGAGGACGGGGCGGCAGCUCGCAUCCUGAAGCGGAGCAGCGGCGAGUCGGCAGAACCCGGCAGCACCAGCACCACGCCCAGAAUCAAACGCAGGAACCAGCUGAUCUACGCCGCGGCCGACGAAGACGAGGAAGACGAGACGGGCGGCUGACACGGCUGCAGACCUCAGACUGUACCUGACUCCAUCUGACUGUACCUGACCCCUCCGGCUGUCUCCGUCUGAGUUUCUAUUGUUUGAAAGAGCAAAGCACUAUUUUAUUGACCUGGAAAAUGAUUGAAAAUGAUUCGAGGUGAUGAUUCAGUUCGUGUCGACUGAAACUCACCAGCCGGACUGGAAAGGUUAAAGUUUCAGGAGAACAGACAAAUAAAUAUUUUAGGGAAAUCGCGUUUUGUUCCAACCCUAGUCCCAGUGUUUUUAUAAUGAAUGAGUUUUUUAAAGCUGCCAGUAUAUUUGUGUGAUCGAGCUUCAUCACAUUAAAAGCGUUAAUCGGGGGCCCGUCGGCCAGAAUGAUAAAAAUAAAGCUACUUUUUCUACUCUUCCUGUUGCGUCUUUGGUUUAUUGGUCCGUCAGCUGAUCUCUGCUGAACUGUUGAUGCUGCCUCUCAAUGCAGCAUCUUUUGAGUCACAUCAGGGUGUCAAACAUAAGGCUCGCCUGCCCGACCUGAAGCCGUUGUUCUGCAGCCUGGAAUUACGGCUCUGCAUUAUUUUAUUGAAAUGUGCUGAUAUUCAGAA